CAAAUAAUCCAAGAUGAAUUGAAAACAGUCAUGAUUGAUCCCGGUUUCCGUUCAUUAACCGUCACAUUGCAUCCUAUUCGAUUAUGAUGGUUCAUAUAUCCACCCACAACUAUCAAAUGCGUCUGUUCCUCAACAUCCGAAACACAACAUUGGACAGUUUCUAUAUUCAAAUUCGGGGUAACUUCUCCACUCUGGUUGUUCAUUUUGGUCACCCUGCCAGCAAGUCAAUAGAUCGACCUGGAAAUAGUGACGUACACAAAAAAAGCGAAACAGGAACACAUCCCAAUGCAGUGAUUGAAACGGAUUACAUUUAAGAAUAAGUCGAUAGGGGUGCUCAUGUCAGAAGAAGGAGGAGGGGCCGGAGGCAUGACCUCCCCGCCCAAUGGGCCCACCUCAGGCUCCAAGAAGCCCAUGGCCGAGAUGGACCGUGAUGAGUUGGUGACCAAAUGUAAAAGUCUACUUCAAAUCGCUCAAAAGGCCAAGGCUGCUAAAGAUGAUGCGGCUAAAAAGCUGGAGAAAGAGGAGGAAAAGACCGUGGUUUUGGAAGAGAUGGUUCAAGCGUUGACCGAGCAAAAACUAUCGUUUGUUCAGGCUAACGAUCUGAUAAGAAAACAAAGUGAAAAGGCUCAAGUUGAACUCAAAGAAGCAUUAGCAGCCAAAGAUAACCUAGAAACCGAGGUGGCAGGGAAAGACAGGCAAAUACACCGGAUUACGGGCGAGAACGAAGAGCUUCUGAAGCAAAUGGAUGAUUUCGAAGGACAACUGAAGGCACAAGUGGCUACCUCCCAUGAUGCACUACAACAAAUUAAUACCUUGAAGAGUGAAGUUGAUCAUUUAAAGCGUGAUAAUGCUCAAUUGAAAAUGGAACAUGACGAUUUUGAAGACCUGAAAAAGGAGCACGAGGAGAUGAAGGAGAAGUUCCUGGCCCAAGCUAUUGAGGUACCCAAUCCCAACCAAGAUCAAAAAUAUCAAGAGCUAAACAAAGUGAUAGAGGAAUUGAAAUUGAGCCAAAAUUCAUCCAUGGAAGAAAUUGAGAACCUGAAACGAGAGCUGAACGAAGAGAGUAAGGACAACCUGAAGUUGCAGGCAGACUUACAGGAGUCCUCGCAAAAGCUUGAUCAUUAUAAAUCAGAGACUGAGGAAAAACUUGCAUCUUCCCUGAAUGAAAUCAGCACUCUUCAAUCAAAACUGGAAUCGAUUCAGAUCAAAGACCAAGAGUUGGAGGGACAGAAUGAAGAACUGAAACAAGCCAAGAAAGAAAUCCAAGAAUUAAAGGCUGAAGUCGAAAGUAAUGUCGUAAAAUUGGAGACUGUGACAAUCAGUUUGGCAGAGAAAGAAGCAGAAGCAAUCAAAAUGACAAACCUGUUGAUUGAAAUGGACGGCACAAAAGCCAAGGCUGAAUCUGCAGAGCAGAGUCUUCAAGAGUUCAAAGUAAAAUUGGAGGAGAGCGAAAACAUGAUAAAAAAAAUGAAUGAGAAACUGAACUUAGAAGCAAUGGAAACUGCUCAAGCCCAAAGAGAAGUCGAUGCAAGUAACCACGAAAAAGAAAUGAAGACUCUGGAGAAAAAGAAAGAUGCAGAAAUUGAGGAGUUUAAGAAGGACGUGAAACAAAGCAAGAACCGGAUUGAAGAGUUGGAAAACGUUUUGGCACGAUAUGAACGUGAUUUGCAAGAAAUGAAGCAAAACCAGGAGAAAUCUGAAUCAAUGCAUCAAUUUGAUCAAGAUCGUCAAAGUGAAAUAGAAGAAUGUAAUAGCAAAAUUUUCAAUCUCCAGAAGCAGCUGGACCAACGCAUUGAAGAGAAUAAACAACUUCAGGAAAAGCUUCAUGGAAAGCAAAGUACCAUUGAAGACUUGGAGGCUGCUAAACAAGAACUCUCUGAUGAGUUGAAGUUCAAGAGGGCUCUUCAAGAUGAUUUAGAUGCAAAGCAAGACUCCAUCAAUGAGCUAAAAGCCGAGGUAUUUAAGGUGAAUGAAGCCAAGACAAAUGAAUUACAGAGUUUGGCCGAAGAUUUAGAGCGUUCCAAGAGCAAGGUCAAAACCCUUGAAGACAGCGUGGAAUUGCGUGAAUCCACAAUUCACAAUCUCAGGGAAGAAAUGAAAUUUUUUGAGUCACUUCAAACUGAAAAAGAGACCUUGUCAGAAACAAACGAGUAUUUGAAAUGGGAACUCAAUGCCAAGUCAGAACAGACCCUGGAAUUACAACAAAAAACUCAAUACCAAAUAACCGAACUUCGGACUCAAGUUGAAGAAUUGUCUCGUCUAGUAUUGGACAAGGCUGAACAAAUCAAGGUGCUUUCAGAAGACAAAGAAAAGUUAGAGAAAGACCUCUACGAAGUGAAUGAAAAGGAAAUAGAAGAGAAUCACGAACUCAAGACCUUGGAGGAGAAAUUUCAGAAUGAGCAAAAGAUCCAUCAAGAGGCUAUUCAAUCUCUCCAAGAAGAGUGCUUUCGGACUAAAAAAGACCUUGAAGCUGCUGCCGAAAAGGCUUGUGCCGAAAGGCUCAAAAUUAUUCAAGAAAAGGAUGCCCUAAUCGAAAGCAUUACCAGAGAUAGUGAAGAAGUGUCCAAAAAUGAACAAAUGAUGAGUGAUUUAACCCACCAAAUUGAAUCUCUUCAACUGGCGCAAGCAACUAAUAACAAGGAAAUCGAGUCCAAGGAUCAGGAGAUCGCUAUUUUACGAAACCAGCUGCAAGACGCAAACGACAAGGUCUUGACAUUGACGGAGAACCUGAGGAAUUCUUUGAAAAGUAUUCAGGAAAUGGCAAUUGAAUUCGAAAAGUUUAAACAUGAUGCUAGCAAUAUGCUAACGAAAGGCCAAGAGGAAAUGAUCACUUUUACAAGCAACAAGGAAAUGGAGUUUGUGACUUUGAAGCAAUCAUUGGUCAAAGAACUGUCCAAAGCUGAAUCAAGAAACACGGAUUUAAUUGACGAGAUGAACCAAAUGAAUAUGGAAAUCAAGAAGAGAGGCGAGAAACUGUCUGUGGUCGAGAUCCAAUGUGAGUCAAUGCAACAAGAAAUUGACGCCAAGUCCAAAGAUCUAUAUGAAUCUAAGAAGAUCAUUCAAGAUCUAAACGAAAAAAUUACCGAUCUGAAUCCUCACAAGGCUCAAAGUGAUGUUGAGGAGACGGUGGCCUCUUUAACCAAAGAAGUAGAGGCACUCAGAGUAUCAAAGGCGUCCCUGGAGGGGAAGGUUAAGGCCAUGAACCAAAAGAUUGCGCAAGAAGAGGUUCAAAGUGAGGCAAUGAGCACCAGUACCGUUUCGAAAGUGGAAGAGCAUAGUCGCAUGGCAGAUGUGGAGAAUUCAUUCGAGGAGCGGUACUCUAAACUCAAGAUCCUUGCCAUAAAGCUGAAGAGAAAGAGUUUGGAACAAGAAAACAAGAUCCAAGAACUUACUAGUGGUGCUAAAGGUGGUGCUGAGAAGGAAAGAAUUGCCAGUUUGACGCAAAACUACGCCAAACUUCAAGAACAGAACGAUGAACAAGGGGACUUGAUUGAUGAACAAAAAUCCACCAUUUUUACGCUCAGGAAAGAUGUGGAAAGGUCCACAAAUGAAAUCACAGAGCUGAAGGAUAAGAUUGAAACACUGGAGGCCACUUUGGAGACCACCAAGAGUCAAAAAGAGGCCCUGUUCAUUGAUUUGGAACAAGUGAAGAGUGAUUUGACACUCAAACAGGAGUUGGUUAAAUCUCUGGAGGCAAGUCUAAAGGACUUGACCGAAAAGCAUGACGUAUUAUUUACAGCCAACGAGCGAUUGAAUACUAAUUUGGCCAAGUUCUCCAGCGACGAUAAAAGAACAGAUCUUUUGGAUAUGGAGCUAGAAACAGCCGAAAGGCGUAUUGAGGAGUUGACUGAGUUGUCUCAAGGUCUUGAAGCCAAGAUACAGGAGAUGGAACAAGAUAAAGAAAGAGAAGGUGAAUUAAAGAAAAAUCGCGACACUUUGGUUCAAGAUUUAGAAACCUCAUUGCAAAAGGAAACAGAACGUGCUGAUGAGUUCAAGAGCAAGCUGAGUGAAGCGAGGCUCACCAUCUCAAGGGUGGAGAUAACCAUGUCCGAAGUGAGGGGUGAAAAUCUGUGUCUCCAGCAAAGGGUGGAUGACUUGGCCUCAACCAAUGAGAAAAUCAACAACCAAUUGUCCGACCUAAGUGGUAAUGCAGCUUCAAACUCACAAGCUUUGACCAAGAGGAACGAAGCCCUUCAAAAAAUGGUAAACAUUCUGGAGGGCGAAAUUGACCGUAAAAAGACAAGUUUGGCUGAGGCAGAAGAUAAAAUUGCCACGCUCACCAAGGAUUACGAGAGCUAUAAGGUUCGAGCAGCCAGUGUUCUUCGACAAUCCAAGGAGUCCGAAAGUCAAAUGGGCAAUAAGAGCCAAGAGGUUCUCUCCUUAGAACGCCUGGUCCAAUCUUUGAAUGAAAAGAUCAAUGAGCUUAGUAAGAAGAUAGCAACGUCAGAAAUGGAGGGACAGCACAUUCAAGAAGAUCAUGAUCGACUCAUGGAGCGGCAUUCUGGCUUGCUCCAGGAAAUGGCAGCCAAAGAACUGGCGUAUCGGCAUAAGCACGAACAGUUGAUCAUUCUGGCCAAUCAAAGCGAAAAGGCGAAGCAGGAUCUAGAAAUCAAGGUGCAAAACCAAGUGGAGGCGUUGAAACAAACUCUUAGAUCCCAGAUAGAAGAUCUUCAGGGUAUUCAUGCUACCGAGAUCGGUAAAUUCCAAAAGCAAAUCGAUGAAUUAGAGAACCAAAACAUAUUACUGGAGAUGGCCUUAAACAAGGCCAAGGCGACAUCAAACACGCCAAUUCAAGCAAGCGUGAUCCGUCAAAACUCCGAGAUGCCGCAAGUUCACAUGAAAACUGGACAAAAGCUGCAUGUGAAUCUUUUAGAACGAGAAGCUGCCGAAGGAUCGGAAACUGAAGUGCACCGUCGGUCUUCGGCUUCGCCUCGAAAUACAUUUGAUGGACGCAGCGGUCCAACUGGACCUCAAUCUCCCAUUCCAUUGGAUCAAUUACUCUCUCAGGCCGAUGAAGAAGAAUCAUCCUAUAACAAUGGUCGAGCUUUAUCAUUGAGUAAUGCAGAUGUCGGCAAUUUAGAAUCUCGAAUUGCCAGUGCUGAAAAACGUGUAAAACACAUGGCCUCGUUAUUGAGUGAAAGCGAGGCCGAAAAUGCCAGAUUGGUCCAGAUGUCCGAAGUGCUCAAGGAGGAGAUCCGACGAUACCAACGAUCCGAGGAGAGGAAAAAACAUAUUGAAAAUCUUGAAUAUGUCAAGAAUGUUAUAUUGAAGUUCAUCACCCUUCCUGGAAAUGAGGAGAAAAUUCGUCUUGUUCCAGUCCUAACCACCAUCUUAAAAUUGUCUCCCAAGGAGAUUGAAACCUUACAGAAAACUAUUCAAGCGGAAAUUGAUGAAUCCUCGCCUCAAGAAGUGGGUUGGUCAACUUACUUAGGUUUAUGGUCGCAAUGAUGAUGAUAAUGAUGAGAGGCAAUGCUUCCAACAGGGUAUUUCUGAAUUCUGUGAUACAUUUUAAUGGCGUUUUUUUGGUGAAGCAUUUUAGAGGUUGUUUGCUGUUAUUCGUGUGUUGUUUCAAUAAAGAGCAUCUCUUACCAU